AUGCAGAGUAGAAGUUUGGUGCCACCGGCACGCACUGACUUCGGCGGUGGCGGUGAAGAGCCGCAGCAAGAGCCUAGAGGUCAGCAAAUGGAGGGAGAAAAGACGAUCGUGUCGAGCACACGGAAGAAAUACACGAUCCUCCCGUCGGCUUCACACAGAUUGCUGGAUACGUCUAGCUUGCGCGCGAUGGAGCGUUACAUUGCACUCAACAGGACACAUCGCUUCUCUGAACGUGAUGGACCACCUGCACGGGUGAUUCCGGAGCUCCCAUUCCAGCGCCUGUACGAUGGUGAUGAAGUGCUUCAUUUGGCAGUAAAGACUGUGCGUGCCAGGGAGAGUGCGCUGGACGUUCCGUUGCGCUUCAUCACCCCUGAGGAAUUCCACGCGCCGCCCCUUGAGGACCCACCGACCAAUCUCCCACUCGCGCGGCGGGUGGCGGCGCUGUUGAAGGGCGCAGAGUCCGUGCCGGUGCAUUGGAUGGAGCAACGCCCAGGGGCCGUUGCCGCAGCCGGUGUUGACGACAGUGUGGUAGUGUUGAAAGUUAUGCGGGAUGCCAUUUCUCGGGGUCAUUCUGCCAUUCGUGCUGGUAACACAAAAGAGGGGGCGCAUCUGUUUUGCACCGCAGCUUCUCUGCAUUACAAUAGUGGGAAUAUGGAGCUCGCACGGUCCUUCUUUGCUAAAGCUCUUUCAGCCUUUGAGUUGAUAGGUGACGUGCGCGGCAUUUCUUUUUGCCACAAUAUCUUGGGUGUCUGCUACUACCGUCUGCGGGAGUUUAAGGUGUCAUUGCUGCAUCACAAACGGCAAGGGUCUCUUGGUGGGUGUUACUCACGGGCGGUGUCUCAAAUCAAUAUGGGGGUCAGUUAUGCCGCGCUUGGGGAGCUGAAUUUCGCAGAAUCUGCCCUUGAAGAUGCCCUGGCAAAUGCACGCACGUGUGAGAGUAGUCUGCUGGAAACAAUUGCACUUGGAAAUCAGGGGCUUGUGCAUCUGCGUAUGGGCAACAUGCGGGUGGCCCAGACAGACUUGGAGCAGUGUCUAGAAAAGUGUAGUCUUGGUGGGGACAAGAGCGGAGCUGCCAUCUGUCUACUGCUGCUUGGUGAACUGUACUCUCUCAUACAUGAUCACCAACAUGCAUUGUUCUACUAUGAACACGCCUACCGCGUUGGAGGAGAGGCAGAUUGCCCUGAUGUGGUGGAUGUGGCUCGCGUCAGCAUUGGCAUCGCUCGUGGCAACGCUGCGUUGAGAGAUGCCGUCAUUUUGCAGGCCAAGCGAAUGGGGCAACAAAUUGACCUCAAGGAUGUUCUGGCGCUGCUUCCUCCGUAG